AUGGCGAUUCCUAUGGAAAGGUUAGGCGACAGAGCCUUCAACCACAGGACGAGUGUAGAGAUUGAGAGUGAAUAUGAUCGCUUGCGCGCCGAGGCCCGGGCGGAGGGUGAUCAGAUGAAGAGGUACUAUGACGAGGCUCACGCCGCCUACGAAAACGGCGACGGCGCCGAAGCCAAAAACCUCUCCAACCUCGGCAAGAAGCACAAAGCCGCCCGGGACGCUCUGAACCAGCAAGCAGCCGAGUUCAUUUUCCGGGAGAACAACCAUCCGGACCGCGUCGCAGCCGACACUAUCGACCUGCACGGUUUGUACGUCGAAGAAGCCGAAGACAUUCUCGAGGCGCGCAUCCGCGACGCCCAAGCCCGCGGGCAAACGCACCUGCACGUCAUCGUCGGCAAGGGCAACCACUCGACGGGCGGCGUGCGCAAGAUCGCGCCCCGCGUGGAGCAGGUGUGUCGCGAGAUGGGACUCGACUUUGCGGCGGAGGAGAACGACGGGAGGAUCUAUGUUGAUUUGACCGGUGGGACAGUGGAUGGCGUUCCCGGCCUGCCGCAGCAGCCGCCGGGGUAUCAGCCUGGUGGAGGCUAUCAGUCAGAAGGGAGGCCGGAUCAGUACCAGGGCGGAGGGUAUCCGGGGCAGCAGCAGCAGCACCAGGGGCAACAACAGAACCAGCAGGAGGACGACAUCUGGGGCGAUCUGUUGGGGGCUUGCUUCAAGAAGUGUUGUGUUGUUAUGUGA